AUGACGUUGAUUUUAAUCCCCCAAUCCAGGCUCACCAUCAUGGAUCCUCUGCUGGAAGCCAAUGGCACCUUCGCCUUAAACCUUUUGAAAAUACUGGGUGAAGACAGCUCAAAAAAUGUAUUUUUCUCACCCAUGAGCAUCUCCUCGGCCCUGGCCAUGGUCUGCAUGGGGGCAAAGGGAAACACUGCAAGGCAGAUGAUUCAGGCACUCUCUUUGGAUAAAUGCAGCAGCAAUGGAGGUGGAGAUGUCCACCAGGGCUUCCAGGCACUUCUCACAGAAGUGAACAAGACCGGAACACAGUACUUGCUCAAAACAGCCAACAGGCUCUUCGGUGAAAAGACUUUCGAUAUUUUAGCAUCUUUUAAAGAUUCCUGCCGCAAGUUCUACGGAGCAGAGUUGGAAGAGCUGGACUUUCAGGAAGAUACAGAGCAGUCCCGACAGCACAUCAACACCUGGGUGGCCAAAAAGACAGAAGAUAAAAUUACAGAGUUGCUGUGUCCAGGUGCAGUGAAUUCAAACACUCUGCUGGUCCUUGUGAAUGCCAUCUACUUCAAAGGAAACUGGGAGAAGCAGUUUAACAAAGAGGACACCCAGGAGAUGCCUUUCAAAGUCACCAUGAAUGAGGAGAAACCUGUGCAAAUGAUGUUUCAGAAGUCUACCUUUAACAUGACCUAUGUGGAGGAGAUAUCCACCACGAUUCUGUUGCUUCCCUAUGCUGGCAAUGAGCUGAACAUGAUCAUCAUGCUUCCAGAUGAGCACGUUGAACUGAGAACGGUGGAAAAGGAAAUAACUUACGAGAAAUUCAUAGAGUGGACAAGGCUGGACAAGAUGGACGAAGAAGAGGUGGAGGUUUUCCUCCCACGGUUAAAACUGGAGGAGAAAUAUGACAUGAAGAAAUUGCUGUGCAAGCUGGGCAUGACUGAUGCCUUUGACAACAGGGCAGACUUUUCUGGGAUAGCAUCUAAAGAAGGCUUGUUUCUGUCCAAGGUCCUUCACAAGUCCUUUGUGGAGGUCAAUGAGGAGGGCACCGAGGCUGCGGCUGCCGCUGCCGCCAAUGUAUGUUUUAGGUCUAUGUCCUCCUACUUCUGUGCCAACCACCCCUUCCUUUUCUUCAUCCAGCACUGCAAGACCAAGGGGCUGGUGUUCUGUGGCCGGUUCUCCUCUCCCUGAGAAAGAGUGCUGCUGGGUCAGCCACGGCCUUUGCCCAUUCCCCCUCCCAUGAUCCGUGAUUUAU